AUGGCCAGAACGAAACAGACGACCAGAAGGUCUAAGAGCCGGCGCACUAUAUCAGUGCCAGUCGAUGAGGUUGUUCUAGACGGGGAACAGAGGGAUUUUGAGGAGAGUGGUUCUGAUGAAGAGGCUCCUACUACUUCCGGGAGCUCAAGUGUACGAGAGGUAGACGGUGAAGAAGCCGCCUCCUCUAACGGAACCGACGAUGCUGAGGCCGGCGAAGGGUCAAGGGCCGAAUCUUCUGGCUUUGACCAGGAUAACUUUGCGGCUGACUAUCAGCACCCGCCUAAGGUCGCCGACCACCCCAACCCCAAACGAACUAGAAUGCUGCCGGCCGUCGCCUUGAAGAUGGUUGAUCCAGCAAAGACUCCGGCUAAAUUGGCGGCGCUGCUGCACAAAGAGGCUGCAAUUGCCAAGAAAGCAGCCGUCGAUGCAAAAAACACUGUAAAGCGAGUGCCACGAUCCUUCUCCAAGCUUCUCAAAAGGCAAGGAGAUGAUCUGGAAAAAGCUCCGGUUGCGAAGGCCGCCAAAAAGGACCCCCCUCCCCGGACAAGCUCUGCUGCCAAAUCCGAUCGUCCAGCGACCGGAGGCAAAUCUCCUUCUGUUAUGAAGAUUCUGAGCGAAAGCUCAGAACGUUCACAUCAGAAAGCGCCGGAUGCCUCAACGACAUCGAAGGGUGGCUUGCCACCUAAUGUUGCAGACGGUGCAGCAACAACCGGGGAGGAGCAUACGCCUACGCCCCAUCCGGACACACAAGGUAAGGGAAGGAUUGAAAUACCUUGGCCACUUGACUUCAUGAGAUUCAAGACUAAGGUUGACCCCUCUGGGGGUUCAGUCAGCAGCCGACAACGAAUGAGUGCCAACUAUGUUGCCUCUUACUCACAGAGUACUACUUUUGAUGCAAAUCUGACAUCCGACGAGCCGGAUCUUGUAGGUUUCGCAAAACGGAUGAUUAUAGCAGUAGAGUUGAAACAGGAGGAGCUGAUCCGGAGCUUGAUGGCUGCGAACGAUGAAGCCAACAGUCGGGCUGAUGACCUUGAGAAAAAGCUGAAAGAUGCAAAAUUUGAGCUCAAGGCAUUAGAGGAUGCUGAUCAGGAAAACACCCAACUCCGAGCAAACAGCCUCCUCUACCCAGAUAUAGACUUUGAGGUUUAUAAACUCAGGUAUGAUUACACCACUGAGGUGUAUGAUGCCCAAGUGCUGGGUAAGGCUCCUCCGCCUCGCUUCAAGGAUUGGGCUGCCGAGCAGGGAUAUGAAGUCUCUGAUAAUGAUGAGCCGGCGGCGGAUGAGCAAAAUGAAGGCCCAACUGGCCAAAAUCAGCCGGAGCAUCAGUAUCCACCUCAGCUCUAG